UGUUUUCUGGGAUGGGGGUGUGAGUGAAAACCAGCGUCGCUAUGGCAACCAGGCCGGGUGGUCGGGCCCUGGAGCCCUGGGAGGCAGCGAAGGCGAGAGGCGGGGCAGCGGGAGGCGCCAGGGCUGCGCGGCGGGGCGGGGGCCUGGGUCUCCCGGGAGGAGCUGGGGAACACCGGGCGCCUCUCGCGGAGGUACACGCCAAGUUCUCGGGUGAGUGUGCACGCGUGUGAGCUGGCCCAAGGCGCACGGGCGGGUGUGAGCGCGAGCACACGUGUCGUGUGUACACUCGCGUGGGUUCUGGGGCCCGUGCCUGGCCCUCUGCGCCCCGCGCCCCUCCCGGCCGCCGGCAGCAGCUCCCGCCACUCCCGCCCCGCGCCGUUUCUCGCUCCGUCCUCGCCCGCCGCGCCGCAGUCGCCGCCGCCGCCCAGCCUGCGCCCACGGGCCGCCCGUGCCGGGCACCUGUUGGAGGCUCAGGGACAGGACUGAUCUGGCAACCCAGACAGCCCCUUGUGAAGCCUGGCCUCCUGCCUGCCCACCAGCUAGCGCAGCUCAUCCUCUCCCUGACACCCAGGGAGGGCAGUGAGGUUCCUCCAGACCCCAGCCGGCCACUCCAGCUCUACCCGUCUCCCAGCCAGAGGUGCUGCAUGAGGGGCCGCAGGGGCGAUCGCAUGACCAUCAACAUCCAGGAGCACAUGGCCAUCAACGUGUGCCCUGGACCCAUCAGGCCCAUCCGCCAGAUCUCCGACUACUUCCCUCGCAGGGGACCAGGACCAGAGGGUGGCGGUGGCGGCAGGGGCUGCGGGGAAGCCCCAGCUCAUCUGGCCCCUCUGGCUCUGGCCCCCCCUGCGGCUCUCCUUGGGGCCACUACACCUGACGAUGGAGCUGAGGUAGACAGCUACGACUCGGAUGAUACCACUGCCUUGGGCACGCUGGAAUUUGACCUUCUCUAUGACCAGGCUUCCUGCAUGCUGCACUGUAGAAUCCUCAGGGCCAAGGGCCUCAAGCCCAUGGAUUUCAACGGCCUGGCUGACCCCUACGUAAAGCUGCACCUCCUGCCAGGAGCCUGCAAGGCCAAUAAGCUAAAAACCAAGACACAGAGGAACACACUGAACCCUGUGUGGAACGAGGAACUGACGUACAGUGGCAUCACAGAUGAUGACAUCACCCACAAGGUGCUCAGGAUCUCUGUCUGUGAUGAAGACAAGCUGAGCCACAAUGAAUUUAUUGGGGAGAUCCGAGUGCCCCUCCGCCGCCUCAAGCCUUCACAGAAGAAGCAUUUUAACAUCUGUCUUGAGCGCCAGGUCCCGCUUCCUUCACCUUCUUCAAUGUCUGCGGCGCUGAGGGGCAUAUCCUGUUACCUGAAGGAGCUAGAGCAGGCGGAGCAGGGACUUGGGCUGCUGGAAGAGCGUGGGCGCAUCCUGCUGAGCCUCAGCUACAGCUCGCAGCGGCAUGGGCUGCUGGUGGGCAUUGUUCGCUGUGCUCACCUGGCUGCAAUGGAUGUUAACGGCUACUCUGACCCUUAUGUGAAGACGUACUUGAGACCAGACGUGGAUAAGAAAUCCAAGCAUAAAACGUGUGUAAAGAAGAAGACGCUAAACCCAGAAUUUAAUGAGGAAUUCUUCUAUGAGAUGGAACUCUCCACUCUGGCCACUAAGACCCUGGAAGUCACAGUCUGGGACUACGACAUUGGCAAAUCCAAUGACUUCAUAGGUGGUGUGUCUCUGGGACCAGGAGCCCGGGGAGAGGCCCAGAAACACUGGAGUGACUGUCUACACCAGCCAGACACAGCCCUGGAGCGCUGGCAUACCCUGACCAGUGAGCUGCCCCCAGCAGCAGGAGCUUUUCCUGUGGCCUGAGAGGACAGCAGCUGCCCAGCACAGGCCCUCUGGGGCCGGGUCCAGUACCCAACCUUCGCACGAGUGUGUUGCACGUUUACAUGGGGUGGGAUGCUCCUGCCCCACACUACCUGUCUUAUUUUUGUGAGUCUCUGUGACCGUGGGUCUGUCUUCUUGUGAGGGACCGUUGAGAGCUAUAUUCACAUAUGCAAACUUUCUCCUGCCUGAUUUGCUAUUACCUGCAAAUAUGCAACCACCCCAUGCACAGGGCCACGUGGGAGUCUCCUGCCAGUGCCCCACCCCAUCCUGCAGCUCCUCUCUUGGCCUCUCCAAGCUGCCUGGUCCCCUGCCCCACAGGGAGGGGUCAGAUUAGGGGAGAUUAGAGGAGAACACUUCCAAAUAGAGGAAAAGACAAGGAAAGAAAGAGCCAACUCUUUAAUAUAGAGCCUUCAUUAAAGUGUCCCAGCCCUGUGCAGCUGCUCUUCUCAAGGGUGGCCACCAUAGGUCUCUACCUCCCUAAGAUGUAGCAGACCCUUCUGGCCACUGAUUUAAAUAACUGUUCCCUGGAUGGGGCUGGGAUGUAAGGGCAGGGCCCCUGCCACCUUCCUCGGGGACAUUUGUGCAUGUUUACGCCUUUUCUGACUGUGUCAGUGGCCGAAGCAUGGCAACUGGGCAUCAAUAAACAUCUCUUGAGGAA